GUUCUCUUUGCGGUCAGACCGGGCAGAGUCAUCCCGAGGGGUGGGUCCUCCGGCAGCAGAAAAGGAAAACCCACCUUUUUUCAUUGUUAAGGACGCGGUGGAAUGUGAUGGUUUGAUCUCAGACGGGCCAGGGAGGGGAAUAUCCGAGAGGAAAGGACCGACGAAUGUGAUUUAGGGAAAGGGAGAAACCAAAAACGCAGCCCCCCCCUCCUCCUGUCGCCUCCAACUCUCUGGUUGUAUCUGAAAAUAUGUGGAUGUGGAUGAACUUGUCCUCGGCGUGUCAGCAGCAGUGAGUCCUACCGUUCGCAUGAACUCAAACCGUGUGAAGUUGUGGAUUUACCGUCGCGUUUUUCUGACCCGGCGGUGGACCAGCUAAGGAUGGAGACUUUGAGAAGAGGAGCUUAACGCGCGACAGACAAAAGGAUGCAUCCAGAAUGAUCAGUCAGGACAGGUUUGGAUCACAGCGACCACCCCAAGACAACAGAGAAUUGGUCUACAACUCACUUAACAAGCCACAGCUGGGCAAAGCUAAUGCAACAAAAAAUGCCUUUAUUGACUAAGGUGUUUUGGCAUUCAAGUGGACAGCUAGAUGACAGAUUUGUCUGCUAAACACCACCCUGAGAGAACUUCAAAGUCUUAAAGCGACAGUCAAAUAAACAAAACAAGACAGACCGCCGAGAGAAAAGAGUAUUUCUUCUAGAACCUGAGGGGCUUGAUAUCACUACCAUACAAAUGUGAAACUGUCAUCAAAUAAUCUGAACAACCAAACAAACUCAACAAAUAUAACACAAAUAAUUUUGUAGCAAUGUCUGACCAUAAAGACAUGACUCAUCGCCACCUGCGGCACAAGCUGCAGAGUCUUGGCCGAAAACUGGACGAACUGGAAGAAGCAACAAACAAGCUGCAGAAGUAUGAGGAUGAGCUACUUGACCUGCAGGACAAAAUCAUACAGGCAGAAGGCAGCAACUCAACCCUGCUUAGUGAUGUGGAGGUCCUAAGGAAAUGUCUCCUAAAGAUUCAGGGUAAAGAUGAGGAGGUACGCAAAGCUGAGGACCUCUGCCGCACAGUCAGAGAGAAACUGGAAGAGGAGGAAAGCCUUACAAAGGAGCUAAAGGCUGAGAUUGAACGUCUACAACGAAGGAUGGCUGAACUGGAGAAAUUGGAAGAAGCUUUUGGGAAAAGCAAAUCUGACUGCAGCCAGCUCUGCCUAAGCCUCAAUGAGGAAAAGAACUUGACCAAGAAGCUCUCGUCUGAGUUGGAGGCCCUCAAAGUCCGUUUGAAGGAAGUGGAGGGGUCUGAGACAAAGUUGGACAGAGCAGAGCAGGCUUUGGCCAUGGAGCUUGAGAAACUCAAAGGAUUCACCCAGACCUUUAUGAGUGAACGCAAGAGGCUACUAGAGAAACAGAGAGAGGACGAGAAGAUCAUUCUAAAGCUGACAGAAAAAUUGGAGCAACAGAAGAACCGCCUUGGCAUGGCGGCAGACCCUGGUCGUGCAGAUUUCAUUAGGUCACGAAUUGAGGAUGAGCUUUCAUCCACAGUGUUCCUCACAAGUAAACUGGCGGGACGCAAGAAGAGCCUUGACUACUUGAAGAUGGCUGAUGACAUUGGUCUUGUGAACAAAUCUGAAAAUGAGAAGAACAGCGGUCUUGAGGGUUCACAGGAGGAGGACAACAAAGUAAAGGAGCUGACACAGGAAGUAGAGAGGCUGAAGACCCGCCUUAAACAGCUGGAGAUAGUGGAGGAGGAUCUAAAGAGCUCGGAGUCCAAAAAUGGUGAACUUCAUGAGAAGUUCCAGGUGGAACGAAACCGGGCUCGCCAACUGAGCGAACAAGUGGAACAGCUCAGGACGCAGCUGUGCGUAAAAGGUGGAAUUGGAAGAAAUGGAACCAGUAAUGUGGACAAACACGGCAAUGGAAGUACUAACAUUGACCACAACAUCCCCUCUAAGGUCCUGGAGAAUGGCAAAGCUGAUAAUGAAGAGAUCAUUGUGAAGGGAGGUUUCAGACAAGAGAAGCCCAAAUAUAGGAGUGCUGCAACUGUCUCAGAACCGAGUUCCCCCAAACACAGGAGCAGGGAGCUCUCUCCUCAGCAUAAGAGAGAGACCAAGCUGAGGAGCAAAGAGCCGAGCCAUUCCGAGGAGAGCUCUCCUAAGUCUGUGAGAAGAGCCCUCAGUCCUGCUCACAAGAGUAGAAGGAUACCCAAAACCCCAACUACUGCGAUUUCAUCUGAUAACGGAAUAAGAGAAACCGGACGAGGAACUGAGGAAAAGCCAAGAGGAGCCUCUUUCUGCUCUGUAAACGCAUCUUCUAGUGAUAUUAAAAAAGCGUCUGUUCUUAGUCGCUAUCCUCCAGCAGCUAAUGACCAGAAGCCACUGAGGACGGCUCACAAACAGACUGAUGGGGAGACUAAAAAGAGCAGAGUAGAAAAGUUUUCAAAAUUGUACGUUGGUAGUGAUAGUGAAUCAAACAACUCUGAUGUAGUGCCUGACAGUUCCAGUAACAUCAACAGUAUCUCUGCUUUAGAGAAGGAUGCCUCAGAUCAGGAAUCAACAGACCAGGUUCAGGAAUCUGUCUCUGUAUCUGUCACCUCCACCCUGUCCAAAGCCAAUGGAUCCUACACAGCCUACAGAUCCAGCGUCACUCCACUGCUGCCCAACGACCAGGGAUCAGAGGGCCAUUCAUCUGCCUCUGAAACAGAAUCCACUGGUUCAAGGCCCUCUGAACCAGAGCCUGUAACUGAGACAACUACUACAACUGUAAGCAGUAGGACUGCAACCUCCAGAUAUCCUAGAUACUCCCAUGUCCAUGACUCACAUUCAGAGGGUUCUUCUACCAGGAGCUCAUUUGAUGAGGAGCUCCACAACAGAACGCCAUUAGAUGGAGGCCACCAGGGGCCUGCGCAUACGGCAUCAGGGAUUGAGAUCCAGCGAGUGUGCAGCCCACGUGAGGCACUGAGGUCAAAAGCUGUCAUCAAGCCUGCGAUCAUCGAGAUUGACAGGAAGGAAGUGAUGAUUUCAGAUCCUUUGUCUACAAAUGGCAAACCCAAAAUCUCCUCCAAACCUAUCGUGACCACCGCUAGUAAAAUGACCAGUAGUAUAACCAUCUACCCCAAUGACCCAAGCUCUUCCAGAACCAGCAGUCGCAGCAGCAGUGUGUCUAGUGAACACAUGCCGAUCAGAGAACGGCACACCUCCACCAGUAACAUCCUCAUAGGCCCCAGCAGUGAGCACCAUGGCAGCAUCUCCAUCCCAUACGAGAUCUCCAUUCCCAAGAGUGAAAUCACCUUGCAGCCAUGCCAGGAACAGGACUGUGGGGUGGACGACCACAAUGAUUCCUCAUCAAGGUCCAAACUCCACAACACUUCCAGAGUGGAGACCACCACCAGCCAACUGUGCUGCCAACGCAGCAACUUCAGCCUCCAGUCCCCAGACACCACCUCCACAGACUUUAAUGACACUGAGUCAGGCUUUGAAAGCAGCAGUAGCAGUAGCACCACCACUGUCACCAGCUGGAGACGCCAAAGACAAAACCAAUACUCCCAAGAAGACAGUUUACCAGAUAUGAAGAAUGUGACUGUGAGAAGCACCUGGAGGAACCGGGGCACUGCGUCAGUGGAUGAGACAGGCCGAGGAAGAGGGGGUACACGGACUAUGACUGAUGGUGGGUCGGCGGAUGAAACAGAAGCCGUGACAACAUGGAGGGCUUACCGGGCAACCACCUUUGAUACAGAAGAAACAAUAAACAGCGGAACAGGAGCUGCUGGAAAUGCUGAGGCACAGAAGGGAGCCAGGCCGUCCCCUGCAGAGGUGUACAUGCGUAGGAUCAACACUGUGGUUACUAACACUAGAGAAGUCGAGGAACCAGGGCUUCGCCGAGGCAAAUGCUCACCAUCUCCCACCAUGGAGGCAGGAGGCCUGGGAAGGAUAGUACCUCAUGCACCUGUUAUGUCUCAGUCCUGGGGCCGAUCAUACACACAACAACCACUGGCUGCUGAUAGCGUAGAGCCCAGUCCAAACCCGAGCCACAGCCCAGCCUCCUGGAGGCGGCAGCUACCCAGCAGCGACUCUCAGCACCUGGGGAGCUCUUAUGACCGGACGCCCAAGACAGCAGGGGCCUCCUCCAGAGGGGACCUGUGCUCCAGUCGGGGUCAAGGGUCAGGGACCAGAGCCGAGGGGAGGAGUGGAGCGGGGAGCAGACCGUGGAGCCAUCGUCACUCUGAACAUCAUUAGACCAACUGGAUCUGAGCAGGGCUUCUACAGCAAAAGAACAGCACUCCAUUAAGCUCUCGAUGGCACAAGGAGGGCCAAACAUCAGUCUCACAUCAACUAGUGGCUAUACCAUUCCCACCAUCUCCAAAAGUCAACAUCUACAGCUUUUAUGACAAGCAAAGAAAAGAAAAAGCAGUUGCAGCCAUAUAGAACAACAAACCACAGACAUCCUUACUCAGGCCCUGAGUGUACGCCGAGACGUGAACGGCUCUUCCUAUCUGGAACUUUCUCUGUCCCAAAAGAGGCAUAAAUGGAAAGACAGUGCCUGUGCAGUGUUUUGGAGGUCGCCUCACCAGCCCAUGUAUCCUCUUCUGCUUCUUGUGUUGGAUGUAUUAUAGUGUAAUCCCGAAACGUGACAAGGGAGAGGCUGGCAUGCUGGGGACGGCUGGAGAUUUUCCUGCAUGCCAGAGAGGGUUUAAAGAGAGUUAGAGGAAGAAGGACUCAAUCGUUGAGAAUGCCUUUCUCAGAGGACCAUUACAGUGACCUCAAUGGAGCUGGAUAUGUCGCUUCUGCAUCAGAAUGUCAACCUUUCUUCAUCACUGAAAAAACAACCCAGUCUUCAAUCAACAGCAGUGCGAUGUUUAAGAUGCAUCUUCAUCUCACAGAGCUGGAUCUUCAUGCAGAAUUCUUCACAAGCUAAAGGAUCUACCUUAAAUGCGACCAAAAACAGGAAGCGAAUUACUAUGGCUGACUCACACCAUCUUAUUCACUUAUUCUUACUGAACUCAUAUUUGCUUUGACGGCCAUAUUUGCUUUUUUCUGAUUUUCUCACACAUAUAUACACAAAACCAUACAUAAACAUGCGCAAACAACAAGAAAACAAAACAAAUGCUAAUUUUUAACUUUUGGUUUAUUUUGAACCCGUGUCACCACUUUCUGGCAUGCAGCCUCAAACUGGAUUUAAUUUGGGGUCUUAGAUGUUGAGCAAAUAUUUGCAUGUUUCUAAGUAAUAAAUGAAGAGCCCUUGAAAGAUUGUGAUUCAGCAUGCACUCUGCUUAAAGGAUUGCUGGUUGGCUGCAGUUAAGGAGCACACACGCACACAUUAUUUCUGACAGUUCGGGACCUUAUUUAAUCUUUUUGCCAUUUUCACCACUUAUUUUUGAUUCUUUGUAAUUCACUUCCUGUUCUGCAUUAUCCUUUCCCUUUAUGCUCAACCAUAUCAAGACAAAAAAAUCUUAGUUUGCAUGCAGUGAAAUGCAAUGCACAUGUAGACAAAAAGAAUAAUUGGGGGGGGGCAUUGUUUAUAACAUGCUACAAUUUCCAUGGUGCUUUAUUUUACAGCUGUUGCAAUUGUCCUCAUUCAUGUAUUUUGAGAGAGCCAUAGCAAAAUGGAGUUUCUGUUUUAAGUGAACAUUGGACUUCAGAUUACCAGCAAACCUGGCCUGGCAGUGCUGCUGUAAAUACUGUGUACUUGCCAGCCAGUCAUAGGAAGACACAAGACUUUUAACCACAAGGAUCUGACAGUCCAGCUUGUGUGUGACUGGGUUCGCCGUGCGAAUCGUCCCAGCUUAUCUCCGUUUCUUAUUUCUAUAGAGGUGUAAUAUUUUGUUACAUCAUAAAAUAUCAACUUGUGGUUGGUAUGUUGGAGCAAUCUCUCAUUGGCGGGGGCUACUGCAGCAAUGGGGGUGCCGUAGAAACCAAUUUAGUAGUGGCCAGUAAUAAAAUAAGGUGUUUUCAUUGAGGUAAAUGGUGCAUAUCUAUGACAGAAACUUUUCUGUAAUGUUUGAGUCUUUCAACAGGCUCCUGCUGGAUUUAAGAUCUGACACACGAGAUUCAUUUCAGUACGACAGGCGACGUAAACUUUGAUUCCACAACAAAAUGUAUGAAUGUUGCUAUUGAAUCCAGCUGAGAAUGAGCAAUUGCUUGAUGGGUUGAUGCACCAGUCCAACACAUCUGACAAGAUCAUGUAACCUUAACUGUGACAAGUUGGGACUUUUAAAUCCCAGUCUCCAUCUAGUUCCUCUGCUGUUAUGGAUUUUAAUGCUGCGUUGGAUCAGACCCUGGUGGGAUAGCCUGUUUCAGUCUGAGUACAUUUCUCAGUUCUCCUGUAUUCUACCAGCUGCCAUCUAGCUGUAAUAUUUAUUAGUCUCCGCAUAUGUAUGUUCUUUUAUUGUUAAAAAGGUCUGCCCCCAAUCCCUCCACCCCCCCACCCCCAGGAGGUGAUGGCUGUUUAGUGAUAAGUCCAAACUAAAAUGUACCUGUACCUUCAGAAUGCACACUGUUCAUUUCCAUUACUUUUACCCUUUGUUAGAGAAAUCUACAGUAUGUUCAUCUGUUCCUUGAGAUACAGUAAGAUAGGUACAUUGUCCUAACAAAUUCAGACUUGCACCAUACACUUAUACAUGCUGUGCAGAUAAAUUACAUGCAAUGCUAAUUGUGAGCUGUGUGUGUGUGUGUGUGUGUGUGUGUGUGUAUGUAUGUAUGUGUGUAUAUAUAUAUAUAUAUAUAUAUAUAUAUAUAUAUAUAUAUAUAUAUAUAUAUAUAUAUAAAUAAAGAGGUUUUCCGAGGGAACUCCUCCCUGAGCUGAUGUCACAACAAGGUUCCCUGAGAAAAAGUUUUUUUUUUUCUAACCUAACUUCAAAGUACCCUUUUAAAGAAUAUAGACCGCACUGCCCAAAAAGCUAUGUCCUUUGGAUUUGUCUGUCUGAGUCGCAGGGAGCAGCGCAGCCUCAGAAAGGUUUGCCAUGUGGCCUCUGCUGGCUUUAUGACUGGCUCUCAGUGCACAUGCCAAGACUUGAUGAUCAUAUAGUCUUUCUGUUAUUGUUUCUACUACCACUCUUCUCAUUUACCAAGAGGGAAUGCCAUCUCUUCACCAAUCUCUCAUCUUUUCAACCCGGUCCAAUUUUUCUUUUAGUAUUUUAGAGAAGUCAAAUGUCCCUCCCUCCCCCUUUCCUCUCUUCCUCCUUCUUCCUCUGUUUCUCUGCAUCUUCCUUGGAUUCUCAUUUCCUAAAAGGAAAGACUAGUCCUAAACAUGGGUGAUAUGUGUUGCUGGUUCAGAGAGCUGUUUUGCCAGAGGCCUGUCACCAGAUAGUGAUGGGCAGCUCCCUGGGUAGCUGAAAGGUCAGAGUUCAGGGCUACAUCUAAUCCUGUCUUUAUGUCUUGACUCAGGGCUUCUAAAUACAGGAGGGAGGAAGACGGACAACUUGGCAGUGAUGUCCACUUUAGGGAUAAUUAAAACAGACGAGGGUAUCGAAUGUCCAGUUCUGCCUGCACUCUUGCUGCCAGAGAUACACGUGGUGUGGUCGUCCAUCGGUGUGUGUUGAUACUAAUAUGUCAGUGAGGGCUCUCGUUUUUAAAGCUGGACAUGUGAACUGGUGUGUUGUAGGCUGCUACAGAUGCCUGAGUAAGAAGCUGCUGAAUGACAAAUGUGCACGUGUGUUUGUCUGAGUUGGCAUGCAGGGCCGGAGAUUGCUUUUUAAUAUUCGCAGCUGACAUCACUGUGGGUCAAGAUUACUGUAUAUAGCAACUUGAUGAUGCAAGUGCUGACACGAAUGCCCUCCUCAACCCUCAUCCUGCCUUACUGCCGCCACAAAGUUCUUGUGUCACCUGUUUCCCUCCGCCCAAUAGUCUACCAUGCAGACGAUCCUACAGUCUCACGCGUCCUCACUGCAACUAUACUGUCCAACCUCUAUCAUUCAUUUCACUUUAUUUCAUUCUUCUACCUUUCUGUCCCCCCUCACCCUGAAAAGAGCGUUUAAGUCGGGGGUCCAGGAAGAGCCCAGCUGUCGGAAACUAUAGGUUUUAUGACGCGUUGGAGGGUUUCCCUCCUGGUGACCGGCUUCAAAGAAAGCUGUUUAAAGGGCAAAGUUGAAACUGCAUCCUCUGCUAUGCGUGCUACCUUUCUUCCUUACAAGGCCCCAAAGUACACUAACACCCGACUGUACAUCCACUCCGUCCAUUGAAACCUAGCUGGACUCUGCAUGCCAGGAUGAAGACCAGUUGAGUCUUCUAUCUGUAUGUGUUUUGGGCUACAUGCCACAACUCACGUGUUAUAGGUCUUAUCCGUUGCUUCCAGUGGCGAGAGCCUGUGUAGUGUUGACAUGGUGGAAUGUACUGACUGGUCAUCUGGGACUCAAGUGAAGACUUAACAGGUUUCAAGACUUGAAUGGCUUUUGUGGUGCUAUAAAGAAACACUGGGGGCUGCUUCAGAGUUUUUGUCGCUUCCUCUCCUCCCUGAAUGAUGGCAGUUUUGCUGAACAUUUGUUGAAUCGGACAAUCGGUAUGAUGGCUGCUGCUGGAGCAGAAUAUUUAGGACAUGGCUGUGAAUGAUAUGAUUGAAAACUCUUACUCUUAAGGACAAGAGGUGGUUAAGCGGUGGAGAGAAAAGAGACUAGUUCUGCUUUCCUGCUCAUAUACCAACUAAAGAGUUAACAAAAAUCCUCUUAAGCUCUGCUGGUGUAUGUAUAAACAUCCGUUAUUUACAAGUCAUUGUUUUUUCCUUUUUAUAAAGUAGACUAGAAUGUACUUAGUGGAGAUUGGAAUGGUGAGGCAGAAAUGGCUCUCGGCAGUGAGCAGGCCCUUGUCCUCAAAGGCCUCCAUUGUGAAGCCAGGGUCAUGGUGUCAUUGGGUGGCGUAGGCUGUAAUCUGCACUUAACCAGCACUUAACUUUAAGACCUCAAACGACUAAUGCCCCCUUAGUCCCCUUUGUCAAAAAGUUCGCUCUUUUGUGUCCCAGAAUUGUAUUCGAACUCUGUUUCAGUAGCUGUUUGCUGAAUGUACCACAGUCACAUAUGUUAUGUAUUUUUGCACCAGCCAAAUUAGAGUAUUUAAGCAUCAUCUCACCAGUUAAAGAAAGGAAAUUGGCGUGCACUCAGUGAAUGAAUCAUGUUUGAACAUAUUUUUUGAGGUAUGGCACCCUGUUAUGCCUGCUUCUCAGCCUUCUAACAUUGUGCCAAAAUCAUUCCACAGUAUUUCCAGUUUACAGUUAGAGACAGUGCCAAUGUUUCCCCAGAUGGAUACCCUGUCUCUAAGAUACUCAAAUUAAGGGGAAAUAAUGAAUUUGAGGGUUUUCCUUUUUUCUUUUCUGCUUUUGUAUGUUUUUAUUUCUUUGUUAAACAAAUGAUGUCUUAUUUUGGAAGCUAUAUCGGAUAGAUUUUAUUUAAGGAAAAUCUUGUAAUUUUGUAAAGUGGGCCUUAUUAUUGAAAUAUAAAGUAUUUGUCCAUCUUGAUUUUAAGAAUGAUAUUUUUUGCAAGAUAAUGUAUCUUCAACAUUGUUAUUACACUCCUGGAGAGUACUUCUUCCUGUUUUUUGUGUUUGUUAUUUUAAUGCAAGACAUUUCUCACGACCUGGAGACAUAAUGACACACCAUGGAUCAGAGAGAGAGAGAGGCCAGGGUUGUGUCAUAGUCAUUGAAGAAUGAGAGCGAUGUGCAUUUUAUCAGAGCUGAGCAUGUCUGUAGUGCUGAGUGGUUCACCAUGUGUCGUCCCAUUUUUAUCGAGGGCCAUUCAGUACUCCGGCCUCUUCGCUGUUCUGUUCUCCCUCGCUCAUAAAUUCAGGGUUUGUACAUCUUCUGUGCUGUAUUUUUGUAAGUGCUGCCAAAGAAAGAAGCGUGCAGGCCCCAGUAUGUGUGUGUGUGCAUAUAUAUAUAUAUAUAUAUAUAUAUAUAUACACAAAUAAUCUAAUAGGAAUUAAAAACAACAACAUAUAACUGGCUCUCAUCUCUCUUACACACAUACAUGCACAGAUACACGAAUUUCAGGCCUGUACAAUCAAUCUUUUUUUUUUAUUAUUGCCAAGUGUUUAUAAGUUCAUUUUGUGUGCAGAAGAAGGAGACUGACAAACAGAGGUGUCAAACACAAAAAUGUAUGUAAAGAAAUCAGAUCAAAAGGGUUUUUAUGAUUUAUUAUUGCUUCUCAGUCUGUCAGCAAUGCCAGGUGGACUGUGUGGGAAGGCUGUUUUUUUUUUUUUUCUUUUCUGUUUUAGACUUCAUACAUUGUGCAUGUUUUAACCUUACUGUGGCUGGCGCACUCUGCAUGUAGGUCUCUUGAAGCUGCCAACUGUACAGCAAACCAUAUGUAUUCCAAUAAAAAUAAAAACCAACCUGUUUGUAA